GGGGAGGGGGAGGGAGAGGGAUAUAUAGUUACCGACUUUGCCGCCAGAUGGCAGCGGUUACGGCACGGGCCUAUAUUUAAGAUCAGCAAUCCAGAGUUGCAGCGCAAUAGCCAGUUGGUUUUCUUCAGAACAAAAUGAAGCUUCUCGUUGCUGUGGUUGUUCUUGCAGCCGUCGCUGCCGGCACUGAGGGCGCCCCAGGUUUCUGGGACACCAUCACCAAACCCUUCAGUUUCGCUAAGGAAGCUGUCCAGGGCGCAGGAGAUAUGGCCGGAGCUUAUGGCGACAUGAGAGAAGCCAACUGGAAGAACUCAGACAAGUACUUCCAUGCAAGAGGGAACCACGACGCUGCCCAGAGGGGACCCGGAGGUGCCUGGGCAGCUGAGGUUAUCAGCAAUGCCAGGGAGACAGUAGACCAAUGGCGUGGUGGAGACCCAGCAGCCAGUGCCGCCGACCAAGAAGCCAACAAUUGGGGACGAGGUGGUGGAGAUCCUAACAAGUACCGCCCUGCCGGACUUCCUUCACAAUACUGAAGGAGUAUUCGAGGACCCUUGAAGUUUUUCCAAAGAACUGCCCAAAGAAUUGAUGACUUUAAUGGGAUUUCUUUGAGUUCGUAGAGUUGGUGCUCAUGUUUCAGAGUAGUACUAUACGUAUAGUACUACAUUCUCAUGAAUUCUUUUGCUAUAUAUUGUUAUUUCUGUUACGUUGUGACCAUGAAUAUUUAAAAUAAUAAAAGUUUUAAA